GUUUAGUCUCCUGUGGGGAAGCUGCCGCUGCAGGGAGAUGAGCUGAGAGUUUUGGCGAGCUGAGAAACCACAACAUGGCGAGCGAGGGAAUGCUGUCUCCAAAUGGAGAGCAGCAGAAGGAUACAUUUGGGAGGACCAUAAUAUUGAAGAACAUUGUCAAAUUUCUAGAAGACAUGAAAGACGGGACUUUCAUCACCUUCAAGUGAUAAGAGAGAGAAGGAAGAGUGGGACAUCUUCACCUUCAGCAUUGUAGUGAGACCUGAAGAGUUGUCUCAGCAGUACUGCUCCUCUGGGGUACCCAGGAGUUUUCCUAGCACCACAUCAGAUUGGUCAGAACUCCCUGUAUUUCCAGAUCCUGGCCUCUUGGAGCACCAGAUAUGCAAAUGAUGAAGAGACAGGUGCCUGAAAAACAUUCAGAAAGGAGCUCUAAGCCGUGAUGACUCAAGAUGACAUCCAGGUUGUGAGGACUUCCAGAGACAAGAACGGCACAGUGACCUAUGAUGAUGUGCAUAUCAACUUCACUCGGGAAGAGUGGAAUUUGCUGGAUCCUUCCCAGAAGAAUCUCUACAAAGAUGUGAUGCUGGAGACCUACAGGAACCUCGCUAGCCUAGGAUGCAUUUCGGAAGACCAUAAUAGUGAAGAACAUUGUCCAUGUUCUAGAAGACAUGAAAGCAUUGAAAGAACUCAAACUGGAGAGAAACUGUCAGUAUAUAUUCAGCGUGGUAACCCCUUGACAUAUGACAGGCACCUUAAAUGGAAUGAAAGAACACAGACUGGAGAGAAACCCUAUGAAUGUAAUCAGUGUGGUAAGGCCUUUGAGCGUCACAGUCAUCUUCAAAACCAUAAAAGAAUACAUAGUGGAGAGAAACCCUAUAAAUGUAAUCACUGUGGUAAGACCUUUGCAACUCGCAGUACUCUUCAAAACCAUGAAAGAACACAUACUGGAGAGAAACCCUACGGAUGUAAUCAGUGUGGUAAGGCCUUUGCACAACACAGUCAUCUUCAAAACCAUAAAAGAACACAUACUGGAGAGAAACCCUAUAAAUGUAAUCAGUGUGGUAAGGCCUUUGCACGUCACAGUCAUCUUCAAAACCAUAAAAGAACACAUACUGGAGAGAAACCCUAUAAAUGUAAUCAGUGUGGUAAGGCCUUUGCAGUGCACCAUACUCUUCAAAGCCAUAAAAGAACACAUACUGGAGAGAAACCCUAUAAAUGUAAUCAGUGUGGUAAGGCCUUUGCAGUGCACCAUACUCUUCAAAGCCAUAAAAGAACACAUACUGGAGAGAAACCCUAUAAAUGUAAUCAGUGUGGUAAGGCCUUUGCACGUCACAGUCAUCUUCAAAACCAUAAAAGAACACACACUGGAGAGAAACCCUAUAAAUGUAAUCAGUGUGGUAAGACCUUUACACAGAACGGUAAUCUUCAAGACCAUAAAAGAAAACACACUGGAGAGAAACCCUACGAAUGUAAUCAGUGUGGUAAGGGCUUUUCACACUACAGUGCUCUUCAAUGCCAUAAAAGAACACAUACUGGAGAGAAACCGCAUGAAUGUAAUCAGUGUGGUAAGGCCUUUGCAUGUUCCACUACUCUUCAAUACCAUAAAAGAACACACACUGGAGAGAAACCCUAUAAAUGUAAUCAGUGUGGUAAGACCUUUGCACAGAACAGUGCUCUUCAAUGCCAUAAAAGAACACAUACUGGAGAGAAACCGCAUGAAUGUAAUCAGUGUGGUAAGGCCUUUGCAUGGUACAAUGCUCUUCAAGACCAUGAGAGAACACAUACUGGAGAGAAACCCUAUAAAUGUAAUCAGUGUGGUAAGGGCUUUGCACAGUCCAGUGCUCUUCAAAGCCAUAAAAGAAUACAUACUGGAGAGAAACCCUAUGAAUGUAAUCAGUGUGGUAAGGCCUUUGCACAUCACAGUCAUCUUCAAAACCAUAAAAGAACACAUACUGGAGAGAAACCCUAUGAAUGUAAUCAGUGUGGUAAGUCCUUUGCACGGUACAAUACUCUUCAAGAACAUAAAAGAACACAUACUGGAGAGAAACCCUAUGAAUGCAAUCAGUGUGGUAAGGCCUUUGCAACUCACAGUAAUCUUCAAAGCCAUAAAAGAAUACAUACUCGAGAGAAACCAUAUGAAUGUAAUCAGUGUGGUAAGGCCUUUGCAGCUCACAGUAAUCUUAAAAUGCAUAAAAGAUCUCACUCUAGAUAGAAACUUUUUGAAUGUAAUCAGUGCAGUAAGAGCUUUGAACAGUAUAAUCAUCUUCAAAGGCAUAAAAGAACAUGCAAAACAGAAAGCCCAUGGAUGUAUUCAGUGUGGUAAAGCCUUUCCAGAUCAUAGUAAUUUUCAAAGGCUUAAAAGAACAAGAAACAAUAUAAAUGAAAUCAGUGUGAUAAAGCCUUUUCAUGCCUUAUUCAUCAUCAAAUGCAUGAAUGUACACAUACAGGAGAAUAACCCUGAAUGGAAUCUGUGUGGUAAAUCCUUUGUCACAAUAAUCUAAAAAAAAAACGUGAAAUAAACCAUCCUGGAGAGAAACUACGAAUUUAAUGAGUGUAGUCUUC